AUGCGGCAUCAUUUCUUUCCUCUUGCUUCAGUGCCAACCGCAGCAGCAGCAGAACAGAAUGGAGAAGAGAAGGAGGGGGAGGAGGAGGAGGAGCUGACUCACAAUGCAAACACAGGGGCCAAGUACUACACCAUGGAGGAGAUGGGGCCACACUCGACUGUGGGCUCCCUGUGGAUAGUGGUGGAUAAUCUAGUGUAUGACAUCACCAACUUCACCCUCGAACACCCCGGCGGAAAGGAGAUCCUGUUCGAGCAGGGCGGCCAGGACGCCUCCACCCCCUUCGAAGACGUCGGACACUCCAGCGACGCCAGGGAGAUGAUGCGACAGUACCUCAUAGGAGAAAAGCACCCCCAGGAACAGAAGAGGAAGAAGAAGCAGAAGGGCGGCUCAAAUCGGGGAUCCUCGGGUUCUGGGAGCAGCGCCGGCGACUCAUCUGAACGCUCCUGGCUCAACCAGUUGUUUGUUGGCGUGGGGUUGGCGUUGGUGGGCGUGGCAGCAUACACAACAUUGUAUUGA